ACAGGUGAUGUAGCGUUGCUCCAAUAUUUAUAUGUGCAAUUCCAAGUAUUAUUGAACAUAAGCAUCUCACAUCAAAUAAUCAAAUCACAAGCAUUCUAGAGUUGAGAAAUAUGGGAGAGAAAAUGAUCAAAACCAAACAUGUAGCUCACUGUUUGGUCUUGGCCUACCCAGGACAAGGCCACAUAAACCCCAUGAUUCAGUUCUCUAAGCGUUUAUCACACAAAGGAAUCAAGAUCACACUUAACUGGAGAGCAUCUCAGACGGGUAUGACGACGGCGGCCAUUUAGCCGCCGCCACCCUAGAGAUCUACAAAGACACCUUCUGGAAGGUUGGACGCCAAACUCUAUCAAACCUUAUUCGCAAACUCGGAAGUAGUAGUUGCAAUUACAAUAAUGUCCCUGUGGAUUGUGUUGUUUAUGAUGCUUUCAUGCCUUGGGCGCUUGAUGUUGCAAAAGAGUUUGGAAUCCUUGGUGCAGCGUUCUUCACUCAGCCAUGUGCCGUGAACAACGUAUACUUCCAUGUUCACAAGAAGUUGAUUGAGUUGCCACUUUCGGAAUCGGAAUAUUCGUUGCCGGGGUUGGUUAAGCUUUUGCCACAAGAGUUGCCAUCUUUCUUGUAUGAGUAUGGAUCCUAUCCUGGCUACUUUGACAUCGUUACGGAUCAGUUUUCAAACAUUCAUAAGGCAGAUUGGGUGCUUGCAAACACAUUUGAUGAACUCGAACAAGAGGUUAUUGAAUGGUUGUCAAAGAUUUGGCCACUGAAGACAAUAGGACCAUGUGUACCAUCUAUGUACCUAGACAAAAGACUCCAACAUGACAAGGACUAUGGUAUCAGUAUCCAUAACCAAAACAUAGAUGCUUGCAUUGAAUGGCUCAAUGACAAGCCCAAAGGUUCAGUUGUGUAUGUCUCUUUUGGGAGCAUGGCAGGUCUUAGUGAGAAACAAACCGAGGAACUAGCUUAUGGUUUGAAAAAUAGUAACUAUUAUUUCAUGUGGGUGGUUAGAGCUUCAGAACAAAACAAACUUCCAAAGGGAACAUUUUUGGACACAUUAGAAAAGGGUUUAAUAGUUACAUGGUGUCCUCAAUUACAAGUGUUAACACAUGAUGCUGUUGGGUGCUUUAUUUCACAUUGUGGUUGGAAUUCUACAUUGGAGGCUUUGAGCUUAGGUGUUCCUAUGAUUGCAAUGCCACUUUGGACUGACCAAACCAUAAAUGCAAAGUAUAUUAAGGAUGUUUGGAACAUGGGGCUCAAGGUUGUGGUUGAUGAGGUGGAAGGUGUGGUUAAAAGAGAAACUAUUGGGAAUUGCAUAAAGGAAAUUAUGGAGAGUGAGAAAGGGAAUGGAAUUAAGGAAAAUGCCAUCAAAUGGAAGAAUCUUGCUAAGGAUUCUGUUGAUGAGGGGGGAAGUUCUGAUAAGAAUAUUGAAGAGUUUGUGGCAAAGUUGGCUCAUUAUGCUGCUGCCAAAUGAUGAUGCAACUCUAAAAUUUGUUAUUAAUGUGGACUUCUAAGUUGAAAUUAAAAUAAUAAGGUUGUCAAUUUAAUUUGAAUAAUAUAUAUCUGUAUGUGUAUGGUGAGAAUUUGCCUACCACAUAUAUGCCCUGAUUGGGUAAUUUAGUAAUAUUUUUCUAUUGAAAAAAAUAGGAAAACCAUUUCUUUUUCUAUUGAGUAUUGUCUGAUUUG